CGGAAGGUAGUGCAAUAGAAAAUCCUGACAUGCUAAAUUUGAGUUCGCCAUGAUGAGCAACGCCAGCACCGACAACGAGGAAGUGGAUCUCCCGACGCUCGAUGAGGACCGCGACCUUCGCAAGAAGAUCCUGUCCAGGAGGAAGCAACAGCGUUACCGCAAGCGUAUCGUCGCGGACAACGACGGUCUGCGCACCCAUGCGCGGGACCUGGAGCGGGAACUCCAUCGGCUCAAAGUCGCGACCAAGCAAUGCGACCUCAUCCCGCACGUGUUGUCGUGGCAGCAAGUGGCGAAGGCGUUGAUGGAGGAACGCGACAUUUCCUUGGAGUCGAACGCGUCUCUGAAGGCCAAGUGCCAGAACUACCGCAAUGUCGUCGCGCAGCUCGCGGCCUGGGCACAGACGGUGAUUGGGCUGCCGAGUCAACCUCGCACGGACAUCAACACGUGGCGCACGGUACGACUCGGGACCGACCCCAUACUCCGCGGGACUGGCAUCGAUUGGAUCACACGACACCUGUACCACAACACGGACGCGAUGCUGGAGCGGUACCAGUUCUCCGCGUUUCCUCCCCGCGGCGUCUACAGCGAAGACGACAUCGACGUGACCGACUCGGACGGGUUCCGCUGUAUCCAUCGCUUCCAGGGCGACGUCGCGCAGACUGUGGACGGCAUCGCGGCCGCCUUGCGCGGCAACAUUUGGAAGUUUCUGCUCGUCGGGAUGCUCAGCACCAUGGACCCCGAGUCCAUUGGCGGGAGCAGCAGCGCACCUUCCGACAUCUACCGCCACACGUUGAACAGCUCGGUCGAAUCGGUAAACCUCGUGAGUCGCGAGUUCACGGUCGGCACCCGCACGACGUUUGUGGGCGAGCAAGUUGAGGACGACGAGGCAUGGCCGACCGACGGCAAGCGGCAGCGGCGGCGCUUGAUCUGGAUUGUGUUGGACCGAGUGACGGAGACACAGUCAAAGGUGCGAGUGCUGUACAUGGUGUCGCACUCGUUCACCAAGCACGGGUACCUGCCGCUCGAGGAAGAAGCCAAGCUGUGGGGCUGCCACCUUCCACCGCCCUCGUCGUCUGGUUUCAAGUACUCGGACGACGCCACUGCCAACGCCGACGCGUUCAAACGGCAUGUGGAGGACGUUACAAGCCGGUUCCGUCAGAUGGGUCAGCAGCGGCUCGUUCAUGCCUUGGCGCCGCAUUCACAUGGUACUUCCCCCAUCCUCCUCUUCAAGUGAUCCAAGAUGAAGGGGCCUCCUGCGUGAGUGACAUCGUUACUUGUGUGUGUAUGGCGGGCCAGCCGUGAAGAAUCCGUUUGGCUUCCAAGAGUUUGCGACCGCCAACUACUAUUAGUGGCUGCAUGCUUCAACCCUUUCGCAGGUCUUUCCUCGGAAGCUACGGUGGUGGACCUACAUGUGUGCGUGUCGUCCGUCUGCCCUUGGCCACCCAUUUGCGUCGUCUGCAAGCUUAAGAUUAAUGCAUGAGACAUCAAUGAUCA